AUGUUCUUUCUUACGAUCCUCUGCAUAUCAAUCCUGUUACCGGUAUGCGUUGAUGCUCAACCGAGCUUCCGCGUCAUGACGUUCAACAUCUGGAACUGCGGCGGGAACGUGAACGAUGGAGUGGCGAAGAUCGCAAAGCAUAUUCUGCUGGUUAACCCGGAUAUUGUGGCAAUGCAGGAGGUCGAGUACGAGAAAUGCGCCGAGAACAUCACCCAAUAUCUGCCCUCCAGCUGGCAUUUCGUGCACCCCGACCGCGAUUAUCCAGAUGUCAUGAUCCUCACAAAGCAUAAGAUUGUUGAAGUCGUUUCGCACAAAGAUGACGCGUACAUCUACGCGAAAGUCGAGCUCCCCGGCGAGAAGCACGUCAACUUCUGGUCGGUGCACGCGGAGGCAAGAGCCUACGGCCCCUACCUCGCCUACAACAAGCUGGUCACCAACAUCUCGCAGAUUCUCAGCGCCGAACAUGCCGGGAAGGAAGGCCGUGCCGAAGAACUUGGUGGCCUCCUGGCCAGCCCGGAGAUGGCAGCAGCCCUGAAAAUCGUCGAUCAAGUCCCAAUCGUAGUCGCUGGAGACUUCAACGUGCCUAGCCAUCAAGACUGGGGAGAGGAUACAAAGUCGAUCCACGGGGGCUGGGCAGUGCCGUGGCCAGCCACCAAGGAGUUGACCGAUCAGGGAUUUGUGGACAGCUACCGAGCACUUUUCCCGGAUCCGGUCAAAGAUCCGGCCCGAACCUGGUCCACCUGCAAUAAGAUGAAUAGCGAAUAUAAUUACGCCUUCGAGGAGGCACAAGACCGAAUUGACUUCAUCUUCUACCAGGGUCGCGUGAAGCCCUCUAGGAGCCAAAUCAAGAUUCGCGGUCUGUCGUUACGUCAGUGUGAAGAGGGAGAAAAAGCAGAGAGCUCGGCAUACGACACUAUAAUUGACGGCGUGCGCGUACCCCAUGGAUCUUGUAAAUACAUGAAUAGUAUAUGGACGCGACAUCGAAUUGCUUUUAAGCGACUCUUACUUAUUCCCACCAUUUUAUUUGUGCCUGCCCCACACGUGUACAACUUUUGGUGGUAUUUGGUGCAGCAGCCUGAAGAAAACGAGGAUAUCGACAUCAAGCAGUCCUUCGUCAUCAUCGACGCCUGCCGAUCGAUAAUCGCGCUCCUCCUGGGCGCCCUGAUGGCCAUCGGCGUCUAUAAAAAAUACCCAACUCCGCUUCUCUGCUAUUCGUCAUAUUUGAUAUUCUUCUGCCUAGUCUUCCUAAUCGACACCGUCACCGGAUUCUCCAACAAAGGCUUCUGGCUCGCCCUCGGCAGCAUGCUGAUCUAUUUCAGCUAUGGUGGCGUGAUGCUCUAUGAAUCCCGUGUUCCGUACGAGUUGGUGGACAUUGGGGCCAACCUGGGCCAUCCCUCCUACAAAAAUGAUCUCGAGGAGGUGAUCAAGCGAGCGAAAGAAGCGGGCAUCAAAAAAUUGAUGCUCACCGGCACCUCGGAAGAAAUCAGUCAUUCGGUGUGCAAGCUGGCCGAACGGGAGCCCGGGUUUUUAUACUUUACGGCCGGUGUCCACCCUCACGAUGCCAAAGAUUUCAAAGAAGGCACUCUGGAUACAUUGAGAACGCUGGACAAGUUGACCGAGCCGGCGCUGCAAUUGCAUAACUUCUCAUCCUUCGACCGAAAUGAGCCCAGUACGCUGGCGGCAAUUUGCGAAUUGAUAGCCGGGUUUAUGGACGUGGAUCCGGUGGAGGUAGCCCGGGUAACAACAGAGAACGCCAAACGAAUUUAUGGACUCGAA